UAUAACACAACAGCCCAGACUACAAUGCAUUAACACUGAGCCUCAGCUGACUCACAUUCCCUUUUUUCUACCUUGUGUUUGUAAACAUUUCUCCCUAGUUCAAACACCUCCCUCAUCUACCCUCCAUCUGUGCCACAGGAGCCUUACAGUGCCCCUCAGAGGGGCGAUGCCAGUCCUGCUUAAUGCCGAUGCCUCCUUCAGCUCCAAGCAGGAGCUCCUGGACCUGCAAGACUGCCCACUCAACGGGGGUCCCUCUCUGGAUACCCCCAGCCCCGUGGACUCUCAGACAGGCAGCCCCAUAGGCUCAGUCCCCAGAAGCCCUGGCAGCCCUGGAGCUGAUGGCCCUGUUCGGCCCCACAUUUUCACCAGGGCUUCCACACUCCCAGGGCAGCUGUAUGGGGUGCAAACAACACCCCAUGCAGAGUCACCGAUGGGGUUAAAGCUGAUCUCCACAGACUCAGAUCAGCUAUGUGGCUGGGGGGCUCUGACACCCAAAGCUAUCCAAGUUUUCAACACCCAUCGUUGGGUGCUGUUCUUCCUGUGUGUUGCCUCUUUCCUCCAGGGGAUGAUAAUCAAUGGCUUCAUUAACACAGUGGUAACAUCCAUUGAGAGGCGCUUCGACCUGCGCAGCUACCAGGCUGGCCUCAUCGCCAGCUCCUACGACAUUGCUGCCUGCGUCUGCCUGGCCUUUGUCAGCUACUUCGGUGGGACGGGACACAAGCCUCGAUGGCUGGGAUGGGGGGUGCUGAUCAUGGCGCUUGGUUCUCUGGUGUUUGCCUUGCCACACUUCACCACACCCCCCUACCAGGUCAGUCUGCCCGAGCGAACAGGAAUGUGCUCUGCCAACCGUACCAGCCCAUGCUGGGACAAGGAGGGAGGAGGAUUGUCCAGCUAUCGUUUUGUGUUCAUGCUGGGCCAGUUUCUACACGGUGUGGGUGCUACGCCUCUCUACACAUUAGGGGUCACGUAUCUGGAUGAGAACGUCAAGUCCAACUAUGCGCCUGUUUAUAUAGGGAUCUUUUACACAGCGGCCAUUGUGGGUCCAGCAGCGGGCUACCUGCUGGGAGGAUACUUCCUCAACAUUUACACCGAAAUCCACCAGACGACAGAAAUUACUCCAGAGAACCCUCUGUGGGUCGGGGCUUGGUGGAUCGGUUUCCUAGCAGGAGGAGCAGCAGCUCUGCUGGUAGCAUUCCCCAUCCUGGGCUACCCUCGACAGCUACCAGGCUCUCAGGAGUACGUGGCCAUGCGAGUUUCUGAGGCCCACCAGCUUAAAGAUGGCAGCCACACCACAGCCUCAGACCCUCAGUUCGGAAAAUCGGUCAAAGACAUGCCAAGAUCUGUGCUGCUCCUUUUAAAGAAUCCCACCUUUCUGUUCCUGUGCUUGGCUGGGGCUACUGAGGCCACCCUCAUAGCUGGCAUGUCCACAUUUGGUCCAAAGUUCUUGGAGUCACAGUUCAGUCUCAGUGCAUCAGAGGCUGCCACAUGGUUCGGAUACAUGGUAGUACCAGCAGGAGGUGGUGGCACCUUCCUGGGUGGCUACAUCGUGAAGAGAUUGAACCUGCGCUGUCGAGGCAUAAUCCGUUUCUGCAUGAUGUGUGCGAUGGUCAGCCUACUCACCAUCUUCAUCUUUCUCAUCCACUGCCCCAACGUGCCCAUGGCUGGUGUCACAGCACCAUACCAGUCCAGUCUGAUGGAGAAGCAUGAACUGGACCAGUACAAACAUCUCUAUGACAAGCUCAGCAAGCUGCGCCUCAGAAACAGCUCUUUAGAAGAAAACCUGACAGUAAGCUGUAAUGCAGACUGUGGCUGUGUCAGAGAGCUUUACAAUCCAGUGUGUGGGGCAGAUGGCAUGAUGUAUUACUCCCCCUGCCACGCUGGCUGCAGCUCCAUCAACCACACUGAGCGUUCCACUGGCAAACAGGUCUACUCUGGAUGUAGUUGUGUGGUGGGUAAUGUGUCCUGGGGCAAGGAGGGCUUCGCUCUGGCAGGGAAGUGUGGCAGUUCCUGCCACCACAUGCCAGCCUUCCUCUCGUUCCUCUUCAUCAUCAUCUCCUUCACCUUCCUCUGUAGCAUCCCAGCGCUCACUGCCACGCUCAGGUGUGUGCCAGACAGCCAGAGAUCCUUUGGACUUGGCAUCCAGUGGAUUGUGGUGCGCACACUUGGUGGUAUUCCAGGACCCAUAGCUUUUGGCUCUGUGAUUGACAUCUCCUGCUUACUGUGGCAGGAUCAGUGUGGUGAGCAGGGCUCCUGCUACCUCUAUCAGAAUUCAGCUAUGAGUCAGUAUACAUUAGUAGCUGGCAUCAUAUAUAAGGUUUUGGGGACAUUCUUUUUCCUGUUAGCCAGCAUCCUGUACCAGCCACCCCCAGAGUCGCCUCAGAGCAGCUGUGAAAGCACAGACCACGGAGUAGGAGACAUGAGCGACCUGCCUGUGAAAGAUCUGCCUGAAGACGGCGUCAUCAUCAACCUGCAUGCUAGGUUAUGACAUCAGAGACCCUUAGCUGCUGAGACUCUGCGUGCGUGUGUGUGCAUAUGUGUGUGUGUAGGUGCUGCUUAAUGCAGUGUGUGUGAAUGUGUGUGUUGGUGGUGAUGGAGGCAGUGCUUCCUGCUGACAGCUUUCCAUCAGCCAUAAUUACACCACCCCCCAACAUACACAUGCGUGAAUGCAAACACAUGCAAUCACACAAAUGGAGAAAGUAAAUGCAGACAUGCAAAUCGCAAACUCAGAAACCCCCAAGGUUGCCUUCAUGAACAUCAAUACACACACACACACACACACACACACACACACACACACACACACACACACAAACACACAAACACACACACACACACACACACAGAAACUUUCUAUACUACAUAAUGACUUCUAACAUGCUGCUCUCUGGAAAGGAAAUCCUGCUGUGACCGCAUGUGUGUGCAUGUGUGUGCAUGUGUGUGCAUCUGAGUGUAUGAUUCACAGGGCAGUGCAACACAACUUUUUAUGUACUUGUAAACAUUUCUACAAAUAUUGUCAAAACUAUGUUAAAUCAGUUCAAUUGACUUUUUAGAAUGUAUACCAUAUGUAUGACAUAUUUGUUUCAUGUUUUAUGUCAUUUUCCUUCAACAGACAAUGAAACAGCUGUGAGUUAUGUGGUGUAUAUUAUAUACCAUGUGAAUGAAGCAUUUACCAUGUGGGAAAAGUAUAUCCAUCUGCUCCUUCUGCUCUUUUCCUAUCUCUAGGAGUUUUAUUUUCUACCUACAGAUAAAGCCAUGGUCUUAUAUACUGCACAAGAUCUCCAGGCCAUUAAUAAUGAAGCCAAAUCAUUUUCAUAGCAUAUGUCAUAUUUUAAGCAAAGAUUAUCUUAAGGCACUUAUAUUAAUAUAAUGUGCACAUUAUUGAGUAUUGGUCACAGUACAGCAGCACAAAUAUUUUCAAUUAGAUUUUAAUUAAAGCACAUGUGUAUUUUUCAUAGCUACAUGGACACAUGUAUGACCAAGUAUUGGCUUGUAUUUAAAAGUAGUAAU